AUGACAGUAUUGCUAGGCGGGAUGGAGAUCUCGGCAGCUUCUCUGGCAGCUAUCGUUCGUAAUGCCGACACAACAACUGUCGACCACGUACGUCUAGCGAAUCAACUACGUGCAUCGGCUAGUUGCAGUGAAUUUGGCAACGGUAUGGUUGACGUUGUGCUAUACACGGACGAGCAGCCGGAGAAGCAACCGGCUGCACGAUUCUGCUCAAAAAGAAGGAUAUCAACUGGUGGUUGUGGAGAAAACCCAGCGAAAAUUGUUCGACACCUUCGUGACCAAUUGGAAUGUACAAAUGUAUUCCGGAAGAUUCAAAUCUUGGAAGGUCUAUUUUCUGUUUACCUUGGACUCACCACAACUAUACGACGCCAAUCACUUGUACAUCCGAAUGGUCGGGUAAUUGAGUGGAGUGGAGGUGCGGGACGAGCAAAUCUUAUUACUGGACUACUCAUCCCUCUAACGCUGUACUUUGGAAGAUACGAGUGCGAUGAUGUCUUCGGAAGCCAAGGGAAUCCUUAG